AUGACGGAUGAGGAGAUGUCCGUACCAGAGGGGCAGACGGGGGACCGCGGCCCGCUGUGGGACUCGAGGCGGCUGACCCGUCUGUACUGCAUGAACGGCGGACAUCACCUCCAGAUCCUCCCCGAUGGGACGGUGCAGGGCCGGAGGGAGGACGGGGACGCUCACACUGUAUUAAAGCUCAAAGCCGUGGAUAGAGGUGUAGUGGUCAUCCAAGGAACAGAAGCCGGGCGAUAUUUGGCCAUGAACGACGAGGGACGAUUGUUUAGUUCACCCACAGUGACUGAUGAAUGUUACUUCCUGGAGAAGUUGGAGGAGAACCACUACAACACAUAUACAAGUCAGAAAUACGAGGAGGGGCACUGGUAUGUAGCGCUGAAAAAGAACGGAAGAUCUAAACUGGGUCCAAGAACUCACAUCGGACAGAAGGCCAUCUUCUUUCUGCCCCGACAGCUGAGUGACUCCGGGGAGUGAAGACGAUGCUCAACAUAAACAGAUGUUAUCCUAUUUUAUUUCACUAACAGGCCAGAACAAGACAUGAGGAGGUUUGGUGAAAAUAGUUAAGACACUGGCGCCUAAAAGGAGGAGAAACUGCAAAUUAUUUUUAAUGUUAAUCUAAUGCAUACUUAUUAAU